GUGCAUUCGAAACAGGUUACUGGAUUAGUUUUUUAAUUUUCGGUGUCUCUUUUUCUCUCAUUUUUUAUCGCAACUCCACGGAAGUCCAGUCCAAGUGAUUGUGCCAACUUUUCAUAAUUACUACAAUUAAGCAAGCUUGUUAUCAUCUCGCGACAGACGAUAAAAAUUGAUAUGAGUUCAGCAACAAGAAAACAACCUGUCACAGUACCUUGUAAAUACAAAACAGGCAAAAUACUUGGUAAUGGUACUUAUGCCACUGUGAAAGAGGCUAUGCAUAUUGAAACGAAAAAAUUCUAUGCUGUCAAGAUUAUCAGUAAAAAACUCAUGGAAGGUCGUGAACAUAUGGUUCGUAAUGAAAUCAAUAUUCUACGUAAAGUCUCUCAAGGUCAUAAGAACAUCCUGAGUCUGGUGGAUUAUUUUGAAACAAUGAAUAAUUUGUACUUGGUUACAGAUUUGGCUUUGGGUGGAGAAUUAUUUGAUAGAAUCUGUCAAAAGGGCAGCUAUACGGAACAAGAUGCUGCUAAUAUCAUUCGUACAGUAUGCGAUGCAGUUGCUUAUCUUCAUGAUAAUGGUGUUGUGCACAGAGAUUUGAAGCCUGAAAAUCUCAUUUUCCGCACAGCUGAUGAAGACUCUGAUCUUUUGAUCGCUGAUUUUGGUUUGUCAAGAAUUAUUGAUAGUGAUAAAUUUGAUGUUUUAAGAACGACAUGCGGUACUCCAGGGUAUAUGGCGCCAGAAAUCUUCAAAAGGACAGGCCACAGCAAACCAGUUGACAUGUGGGCGAUUGGUGUCAUUACCUACUUUUUAUUGUGUGGUUAUACGCCUUUUGAAGGAGGCAACAGCAUUGAAGAAAUGAGGGCUAUUAUGGAAGGGGAGUAUUAUUUCCACGAAGAAUACUGGAUGGAAGUAUCAGAUGUUGCCAAAGCUUUCAUCGAACGUUGUUUGACUGUAAAUCCUGAAGAACGUAUCACAGCACAUGAAGCAUUACAACACCCAUGGUUGUUGAGUAGCACUCAUGUGGAUAAAACGCAACAAGAUCUUUUACCCAAUGUGCGUCGCAACUUUAACGCGCGUCGUACCUUUAAAAAGGCAGUGGAUCUGGUUCGAUUAUCUUAUCAGUUGCGUCAUAAACAGAUGUUAUCACAAGCAGCACAAACUGCGAGUAGUAGUAGUAGUAGUAGCAGUGAUCAACCAGUAGAUGCCUCAGAAGAUGCCCAUACAGCCGCAGCAGCAGCAACUGCUACUGAAGAAGAAGUGAAAAUGGCAGAAAAUGAUAUCAAACCUGUGAAUGAAGGUAUUGAUCAAGUCCUAAAGACUGACUGAUGAAACGAACUUGUAGCGAUAAAAGUGUAUACAUCGGGAUAAACGGAUACACUAAAUCACAAAACCAAAAAAAAAGAUAAACUGUAAAUCUUAUGUCGAUUGUAACACUUAUACUUGGAGCAUUUAUAAAGGGCUCAAAAACUAAACCAAAUUCUUUCUCAUGUGCUUCAUGUUUUUGUCAUCACUUUUACAAGAAACGAAGCACUAUAGAAUUGUUGCAUGAUGAACAUCGGCUUUCAUGGCUCUCAGUUGUAGGGAAAGAAAAGGGAGGGCGUGGGGAGGGUG